UACCAGCCGGUACCAGAUAGUUCGCGAAGUACUUGUCGAAAGAUCUUUAAGAAUGAUAGAAAAGUUGCCAGAAACAAUUAACUUCCCGAAGGAAGAAGAAGUGAUUUUGGAAUUGUGGAAAAAGCUGGGUGCUUUUCAAAAUUGCUUGAAACAAUCCAAGGGGAAACCAAAAUACUCGUUCUACGAUGGUCCACCUUUUGCUACCGGGCUGCCCCAUUACGGACAUAUACUAGCCGGUACAAUAAAAGACAUUUUAACGAGAUAUGCUCAUCAAUCUGGUUAUCACGUGGAAAGGAGAUUCGGUUGGGAUACUCAUGGUUUGCCUGUUGAGUUUGAAAUAGAUAAAGCUUUGGACAUAAAAGGACCUGACGAUGUCGCGAAAAUGGGGAUUGCAAAUUAUAAUAAGGAAUGUAGAAAUAUUGUAACGAGGUACGCAAUGGAAUGGGAAAUGAUUGUAAGCAGAAUCGGCAGAUGGAUAGAUUUCAAAAAUGAUUAUAAAACAUUGUAUCCUUGGUACAUGGAAUCAAUAUGGUGGAUAUUCAAAGAGCUGUAUAAUAAGGGUCUUGUGUAUCAGGGUGUUAAAGUAAUGCCUUUUUCUACUGGUUGUAAUACACCGUUGUCCAACUUUGAAUCAGGACAGAACUACAAAAAUGUUGUUGACCCUUCUAUAGUCAUAUCAUUUCCUUUAGUGGAUGAGCCUGGCAUUUCCAUUCUUGCUUGGACCACUACUCCUUGGACUUUACCUAGUAACAUGGCACUUUGUUGUAAUCCUAAUUUUGAAUAUGUGGAGGUUCAAGAUCAUGCUUCUGGUAAUGUCUAUAUUAUAUUAGAAUCAAGUCUAGAACUUGUAUAUAAAUCCAAAGAUCUAUAUUCCAUACAAGGUAAAAGAACAGGGUCCGAGUUAAAGGGAAAAGCAUAUGUACCUGUAUUUCCAUAUUUCCAAAAUUUAAAAGAGAAAGGUGCUUUUGUAGUACUAAAUGAUACCUAUGUUACUGCAGAAACUGGUACAGGCAUUGUUCACCAAGCUCCUUAUUUUGGUGAAGAUGAUUAUCGUUGUUGUUUGGCAGCUGGUGUUAUAACCAGAGAUCAAGAGAUUAUAUGUCCUAUUGAUAGCUGUGGACGUUUUGUGGAACCAGUUCAUGAUUUUCUUGGGAAAUAUGUAAAAGAUGCUGAUAAAGAAAUUAUUAAGUACCUUCAAGUAAAUAAGAGAUUAGUUCAUUGUGGUACCACUAAACAUAGUUAUCCAUAUUGUUGGAGAUCUGAUACCCCAUUAAUUUACAAAGCUGUACCAUCGUGGUUCAUUAGAGUAGAAGCCAUAAAGGAUAAGCUUAUUACAGCAAACAGCACUACAUAUUGGGUACCAGAUUAUGUUAAAGAAAAAAGGUUUGGUAACUGGCUGCGAGAUGCCCGUGAUUGGGCUAUCAGUAGAAACCGUUACUGGGGUAAUCCGAUUCCCUUAUGGAUUUCAGAAGAUGGACAGGAAGUCGUAUGUGUAGGAAGUAUUGCAGAAUUAGAAGAAUUAACAAAUACUAAGAUAACAGACAUUCAUAGGGAAAGUAUAGACCAUUUAACUAUUCCUUCAAGUCGACUGGGAUAUCCACCUUUAAAGCGUGUACCUGAAGUCUUUGACUGCUGGUUUGAAUCUGGUUCUAUGCCAUAUGCACAGAUGCACUAUCCGUUCGAACACAAAAAAGACUUCGAGGAGAGUUUUCCAGCUGAUUUUAUUGGAGAAGGUAUUGAUCAAACUCGUGGAUGGUUUUAUACUCUGCUAGUUAUAUCAACUGCUCUUUUUGGAAGAGCUCCAUUUAAAAGUCUUGUCGCUAAUGGCUUAAUACUAGCAUCUGAUGGACAGAAAAUGUCGAAACGCAAGAAGAAUUAUCCAGACCCUAUAGAAAUUGUUAACAAAUAUGGAGCAGAUGCGCUUCGCUUGUACCUAAUUAAUUCACCUGUUGUAAGAGCUGAAAAUUUACGUUUCAAGGAAGAAGGGGUUAGGGAUGUCAUAAAAGAUGUGUUCUUACCUUGGUACAAUGCAUUCAGAUUCUUAAUGCAAAAUAUUGAGAGAUUUGAAAGAGAAGAGAAAAUUGCUUUCGUGUAUGAUGAUGCUAAAGAUUUAUGUUCUAAUAAUAUAAUGGAUAGAUGGAUUCUAUCUUUCACUCAAACAUUAUUACAGUUUGUUAAACGAGAAAUGAAAGCUUAUAAAUUAUACACUGUAGUACCUCACUUGGUAAAAUAUAUAGAUCAUCUUACUAAUUGGUAUGUAAGAAUGAAUAGAAAACGUAUCAAAGGUGAUGGUGAUGUAACCGAUUGUCGACAAGCAUUAAAUACUUUAUUUUCUGUUCUUUAUACCAUGGUAUGCAUAAAUGCUCCAUUUACACCGUUCUUGACAGAAUUUAUGUUCCAACGUUUGGUGAAACUACUUCCACCAUCCAAACGAAAUAUGGACAGCGUUCAUUACCAGAUGGUACCUGAAUCCCAUUCACAAUUAAUUGAUGAAAGUAUUGAAAAAGCUGUAUCAUAUAUGCAAGCGGUAAUUGAAUUGGGCCGUGUUGUAAGAGAUAGGAAAACAAUGCCUACUAAAUACCCAUUGCCAGAAGUUGUGGUAAUUCACCAAGAUGCUGAAGUACUAAAGGAAAUAGUCUCCUUGAAGUCAUAUAUUCUUGAGGAACUUAAUGUAAAAGAGUUAACAGUUACCACAGACAAGCAGAAGUAUGGUGUUACAUUGAGAGCAGAACCAGAUCAUAAAGUACUUGGAGCACGUCUUAAGGGAGAAUUUAAGUCUGUUACUCAAGCUAUUAAAGAACUUUCCAAUGAACAAUUGCAAACAUUUGUUACAACAAAAGAAAUUAUUGUGCAAGGUCAUAAAUUGGAAGAACAAGAUUUACGUUUGAUGUUUAGUUUCACUGGACCAGCAGCUGAACAGUUAUCUGAGCAAUAUGAAGCCCAUAGUGAAGGAAAUAUUUUAAUACUCCUGGAUGUUACACCUGAUGAAAGUAUGCAUAAUGAAGGAAUAGCAAGGGAAGUAAUUAAUAGGGUUCAAAAACUAAGAAAGAAAGCACAGUUGAUUCCAUCGGAUAACGCGAUUGCAUACUAUGAAAUUCGGGACAAAACUAGUAAUUUAGCCAAAGUAAUUGUUAACCACAAAGAGUUUAUUGAAUGUUCAACUAAAACACCUCAAGAAGACAUGUCCAAGAUUCCAAACAAUGCAAGUGUAAUUAUAGAAGAGAUGCAGAAGAUUAAGGGAGUGGACAUGAACUUGGUUUUAAUAAAGAAUGAAGAUUACGUUGAAAAUAACAAAACAAAUGUGGAACCAUUUUUGAAAUAUGUUAACGUUGAAAUUGUAGAUAUAAAACCAAGAUUUGGAGCUACCAGCACUAUUGGUACUGUUUUAUUAGAAGCUCCAAAAUCAUUAGUUCCUAUUUCAUAUGAACGAUUGAAACGAGAGAUUGAAUUAAUAUUUGGUAUUUAUGGUUGUCAUUAUGAUAUGUAUAUUGAUAAUAAGUUAGUGUCGAAAAUAACUGACAUUUCAUUAUUACAUCAAAAAACUAUAAAAAUAACAAAAGCUGCUUUAUCUGUGAAUCAAUCAUCUACAACAUUGAAUCAUCCAGCUUGUAAAUUUGUUAAUAUCAACGGCGGGGUAGAAAAAUGUACUAUUUUUUUAGAAAAUCCAAGAGAAAACUUUAGUUUAAAUCAUGUAAUGUUGAAACAACGAUUACACCUUUUCUUUGAUAAAGUAGAUUUUUCAGAAUCUUUACCUACAAUGUUAAGUCAUUUACAUGGUAAGACAUUGCAAUUAAGUUAA